UUUUUUUCCAGCUUCGUUUAGUUAUUGGGGCUUGUGAGUCUUUGUUUUGGUUUUGGGACUUUUGGGUGAGAGAAGUAGGAAUUUGCAGAUAUGGGUUCGGGUAUGAACUUGGUCACUACUGUUAUUGGUUUUGGUAUGAGUGCAACAUUUAUAGUAUUCGUUUGCACAAGAAUCAUUUGUGGCAGGCUAAGAGGUGGCGAAUCACGGCCUAUGUUCGAGAUUGAAUCAAGGAUUGAUGUUGAGCAGCCAGAGCAUCAGGCCAGUGGCCUUGAACAAGUUGUGGUUUCUGCAAUCCCUACCAUGAAGUUUGAUCAUAAAGCUUUCAGCUCCUUGGAAGAUGCGCAGUGCUCAAUAUGCUUGGGGGAGUACCAAGAGAAAGAAGUAUUGCGAAUCAUGCCCAAAUGCGGCCACAGUUUUCAUCUCUCUUGCAUUGAUACAUGGCUGAGGAAACAGUCUACCUGUCCAGUUUGCCGUUUGCCAUUAAAAGAAUCCCUUGGAAUAAAACAUGUGAGAUCAGCAACGUUUAGCAUGCCUCGAUCGUUUGAUGAUUCUGAGGUUUCAACUGAACAUUCACAACUGUGGCUAUUACCUGGCUCUGAGCGUUCAGCAGGUAAUGUUAGCAACCAAGGGCAUUCAGAAUCUGCUCCUGGAAACCCCUCCGAACCGACUCCAUCUAGAGAACCAGAAACAACGCCACGAUAGAAUGAAAGAGUUUGAUCCAGAGAACCAGUAAAAACCACAUGGUAGGCCGGGUAGGUUGAUUGGAGAUUCUCAUACCUUGCACAGAAUGUUAUUAUCCGUUGUAGAUGGUACGAGCGGCGGAGGUUGUGCUAAAUCACUGUGACAAAAUUCUGAAUUUUUGCGUAGAAAGUUGGAAAAUGGAGCUUACAAAUAUAAUCUGAUUUCUGUAUAUAUAAAGUUUGUCCACAGAAGUUGAGUGUUCAUACUCUGUUUUGAGCCAUUCAUUCUACUCAUUGUGAGAGUACAUCUUUUCUAAGAA